AUGACAGGCAUGCAACGACUUUCAGGCAAAGUAGCUAUCAUCACGGGUGCAGCUAGUGGCAUUGGAUAUGAAGCAUCCAUCUUGUUUGCCAAGGAAGGUGCACAGGUGGUGUGUGCCGAUCUCAAUGAGCAAGGCAUCCAAAAGACAGUGGCCAAGAUUACAGAAUUGGUGGGCAAAGAUCGUGCUAUUGCCGUCAAGACCGAUGUGUCAAAGGAAGAUCAAGUCAAGCAUUUGGUGGAUACAGCCGUCAAGACAUUUGGCAAGCUCAACAUCAUGUUCAACAAUGCUGGUAUCAUGCACCCAGAAGAUGACAAUGCACUCACAACCCAAGAGCGUAUUUGGGAUUUGACCAUGGAUAUCAAUGUCAAAGGAGUUUGGUUUGGUUGCAAACAUGCUAUUCUUGCCAUGCGUGAAUCAGGUGGAGGAUCGAUCAUCAAUACUGCUAGCUUUGUUGCUUUGAUGGGUGCAGCCACGCCACAACUCGCAUAUACGGCAUCCAAAGGUGCGGUUCUUGCCAUGACACGAGAACUUGCCAUGGUCCAUGCUCGUGAAAACAUUCGAUUCAAUGCACUUUGUCCUGGUCCUUUGCGUACACCUUUGUUGAUGGAUUUCUUGAAUACGGAAGAAAAGAAACAACGACGUUUGGUGCAUGUGCCACAGGGUCGAUUUGGUGAAGCGAUUGAACAAGCCAAUGCUGCCUUGUUCCUUGCAUCGGAUGAAAGCUCUUAUAUCACAGGUGUGGAUUUCCGUGUGGAUGGUGGUCUUGCAUCUGCUUAUGUGACACCCGAAGGCGAACCCACUGGUCCGGUGCCAAAAAACUUUGCGGAGGUUUAG